AUGGCGUCUCGAAGUAGUAAAGUCACAAAAUCAGCGGCCAGCGGAAGAAUUACUAACUUCUUCAAACCGGUUUCACCCCAGACACCGAGUGCCGGUUCCCGUAAUUGGUCUACAGGGCAGGUUGCUUCCCAGGAAGAAGAUCUCACCCGCUGCCAGGACUCAAGUUUUGAGAAGGACCCAACGGUGUGUCUAUCCGGCCCUUCGUUGACAAUUUCACUAUUGUUUGCUGAUGAUCAAGAAAAGAUCAGUCCACCCACCAAACAGCUUUUGCGGGAGAGCUCUGUCUCAGAUCCAUCGGUUCAACCGUCGUCAAUGCCUAGAAACGAACCAGCUAAAAGACAGCGAGUCGUACCAAGUUCCGAUGGUGAGGAGAGUGAGGACUCUGAUGGUCUCGAAGACCUUGGCUCAAUGCUCCGUGCCCGAAAACCACCCGUGCAAACCCCACGCGAAAAGAAAGAGCCGGGUGGCACUCUUUGGUUGAGGAACGUUGCUAUUCCAAAAGGACCUCCUGAAACACCGAAGCCUCGAACCUAUAAGUUUUCUCUUGAUAGGAUUAUUGAAGAGCGAGCUAGGAAAUCGUCGCUUGGCGAUGAUAUAAUGAAGGCACGUAAAAUGUUCGAGGAUGCUCAAAAGGAGAUCUCAGGUGGAGAAGGGAGGGUCAGGCCCUCCGAAGAAGAAAUUGGAAGUAAGCUUGGGGAAGGACAAGCGAGCAAACUCCUAGGUGCUCUUGAUAGGAAGGACGCUUGGAGGAUUGAGAAAUCGUGGCACUUCUUUGACGUAGAAAAGGCACGCAGGCCUAGAGACAGGAUUCCUUUCCCCCUAGAACACCUGAAAAGGGGCUGGGAAACAACGAAUCUGGCAGGUUGGAUAUGCCGAAUCCGCGUGGUAGGAUUCAAUACCUCACAGGCUAAUCUGAUUGUGACGAUAGAUACUCGGGUGCGCCGAGAGACUUUUGUGUCAGGCUUUGUGCAUGACAUGAUGGAGAUCGGCGUCAAGUUUUCUGAGAAAGUUCUCGAAUGGAUGUUCAUAGAGAGUAUGUUUGUCUCAAUCUUGUACCACUCUUACUUACCAGUUGUGCAGUGGCUUUGGAGGAUAAUCAGGAUCUAUCAUUUGCAUACUACCGAACCCUUUGUUGCAUAUCGACUGAGGAACUCCUCCAUGCUUUAUCUAGCCACGGGCUGGUGCAUAUAUUUCAGCUUCUGGGCGGGAGGGAGGAUGCCCUUAGCGUUGAUGGGCCUGUUCGCCUGGGGCGGUCAUCCAGAAAAGGUAACGAAUCUGGUGAUGAUAUCGGAAUUUGGUAGAUCAAACUAACUUGGAUAUCGUAGAUGAUUCUCCUCUUGAUUACUGGAAUAUCCAGUUGGUAGUUAAAUAUAUUGGCAAGAUGGCUCAUGGGUUAGAAUUCGAUUUUCCUUUCAAAGGCUAAUUCUCAGAGUUUACUAAUAUAGUCUAGGAUAUCUUCGAAUGAGAAAGUGUUUAAAGAAUCAUGCAAGCUUCUAGGCCGUCUUUCUCUUGAUGUGCGUGUCGCCAAGUGCCCAUCCCUACGUGCUGCUAUUGAAGACUCGCUGGAGAACCUGUUUCAUGCAAUCCCUGAGACUGAAUGGGAAGAAACUGCAAGUCCCCAAUUCCCCCACACUCACACUUGUGAUCCUAACAUUCUUCAAAGACUCUGUCUAUUGGCCAUAACUUCAUCUCCACAGUUAGCGACCCAGAUAUCCGCUACAGUCUCUUGACCAUUCUCCCAUGCGUCACCCCACGCACGCACCUCUUCCGCCGGCGGCUAGCACUCGCAUACCUCUUCCAGGACCCCACUUACCUUAGCAAAGAUUACCCUGGCCUCGUCCGGCUCCAGCGCUUCGCCCGACUCCUAAAGUCCAGCCCGACCUUCGAAAUCAAUAACGACACGGAUUACGACGAGCUCCGCGCGACCAUAUGCAUUCUGGAUAUCGCCAUCGACGACGGCCCCACGUCCGGCGAACCUAACACGAACGAUCUGGAGGUUGACGCGCUCGUAGAGAACUUUAGGAACAUGUUCUCCAAGAUUAGGGACACAAAUGCGCAGAAUUUAUCGAGGACGGAGUCGAAGGAUGUUAUCGAGAGGCUAAUGUUUAGGCUCAGGUUUGGUGUGAGGAAAAGGGAGAAGAUGAACCUUGUCGUUGAUACCGCGUUUGGCACAGAGUGGACCGGGAAGGGGGGGAAGACGCAGACGAAGUUGAAGCUGAAGCCGAAGGAGAAGACGGGGGGGGAGGAUGUGGAGAAUGGGGAAGAGUAG